AUGUCUACGGAAAAACCGCUGUCUUCGAGAAAUCCUAGGCGUCUUUCCAUCACCAUCCCUCAGAACCAGGGGCCUGGCGCUGCUGGAGAGACUGGUACCAGCAAAGCCGAGACGAAGGGCAAGGGGACCGUGGAGAGGGUGGAUUCGGGUCCUACGCUGGCGUUUCCAGGCAAUUCGGUGGUUUCCACGCCUCUGGGCCAGCAGGGACAAGCAGUUUCCAGCUUUCCCCAGCCUUCUACGGGCUCUGGGGCCCAAACUAGCACAGGGACGGGGUCUCUGGCGAAUCAGAGCUCUGCUAGCGUUGCAGAGGGGCCUAGUGUUAUAAAUAAACAGCUUUUGUCGAAGUUGAACAAGUCUUUGAAGGAAAAGCAGAGGAUUAUCAAUAAUAAGACAGAUUCUAGAAACCCUGCGUUGAUACAAGAUAUCGUUACUACAUCGCCGCUGCACGCGACGUUUCCGAAUAAUGUGAGCUCGGAGAAGGCCGAGAAGGGUGAAAAGAGUGAAGAAAAGGGUGCUGAGGCUGCUGGAGGUGCUGAACGGCUGGAGACUGGUCCUCUGGAUGAACAUCUACAUCCACACGGGCAUAGCCGAACAGAAACGCCGCUUUCUACGCUUCCACCGGUUAACAGUGGUGCUAAACCUGAAAACGAAGGCUCCAGCAAGGCGAAAAAGAGAAUAUCUAAACAAAACUCUACACGAACAGACUUCUUUGCUGCUAAACUAGCGUCUGCGGUAGACGACGUGGACACUUCAGAUAGUGACGAAACGUUCGUUUACGAAAACAGCAAUAACGACUUUGACGCCAAUGCUAACGCCAAUAAUCAGACCAGUGGAGGUGUGGCAGGUCCUGCUAUUCUACAUCCAGACGACAAUGCAGACAUCAACAAGCCUCCUGGCGGGAUUUCUCUUGUUCACGACAACAUCAGCGCUGCAGCCAGCAUGCGGAACCCUACGCCUCUUGAUUCUGUCGCUCACAGUCCAGCAGUGGAACUCAGGAAAGAGCUAGGCGACGAAAGCCAUCAUAAUCACCAACAACAGCCCCAGCAUGGCCAGUUGCCUCCACAUCCACAUCCACGUGCUGAAUCGAUUCAUUCCGUGCAAUCGUCCAAAUGGAACCUCAGAAGCACGGUGGGCACUUCUUCUAAUACUACUCCUCCUUCAACAACUGCCCUUCGUGGACAGCCUCAACAACCUAAUGUGAUGGCCGUUUACGGGUCGGGAUCGGGCUCUGGCUCCGGUUCUGGCUCUGACGCCCAUCUGUUUGCUAAUCCAUACAUCGAUCAAAACAAGCCUACUACGUUUAAAGGGCCCAGGAAAUCCAGUUCUCAUUCGUUGAUCAACCCUGACGCUCACAAAGUUAAUAAUCUCAAUCCUUCGCCACGGUACGCUGCUUCCAACCAGAAUUUUGGCCUGUCGUUGAACUCUCCAGUGGCUCCAAGCGUUAAUGAAGGGUCACACGACGGAAGGUACUCUUUUGAGGAUGAUGGAAUCACAGGCGACGAAGUUUCUUACCAAGGCGAUGCUGUACUGGUUUGCACCGAUUUCAACAACACAGCAACGCAGAGCUCUGAACAGCCCAAGCACGACGAUCAUUUGAACAUACACAGCAGAAGCUCAGACCGAAACCAGAGAUCGUCUACCACUUCACUGAAACUCAGAUCUACAACGUCAAAGUUGUUCGACAAGAAAGGCGCCCAGCCCAGGCGUUAUAGUAUCAUUCCUGACGACAUUGACAUUGAAGAUUUUGACGAUGACCUAAUUUAUUACGACAACAACAACAUUCGUUUCCCUUACAAUAGCCAGAACGGCAGCCAACUCAACGACACGGCGUCGUUGCUCAAUAAUAAUCACCACAGAAUGACGCACUACCGUUCCAUGAACUUGGGCCAGCCCAGUGCUCGUCAGCAACAAUUCAAUAAUAAGCGGUAUUCGUCGAUGGGGUUCCCUUCGCCGCAAGCUCAGAAUGGCAGAGGUGCUCCUUCUCAGGGCAGCAACAUUUAUCCUUUCCCUUAUCAGGACCAGAAAUACUACUUUGAUCCAGAGAACUACGACGAAGAAGCUAAUAUGGAGAGCCCUGAUGAAGUCCAUGCUAAAUCGAUCUUCGCUGGCCGCAACAACAAGCUUUCUCCAAGCAACACGUAUUUCAGACUACCCAGAAAGGUUUCCAACGAUAGCAUGUCGGGAGGCCGUGUGAGAUGCUUGAAGAGUUUCGUAUACACCAUGGUGAGUAUCUUGUUGAUUCUUGCCAUUGGGUUCGUUCUGGGCUUCCUUCUUGCAUCUACCAAGGACCUUUCCAACCUCUCGAUUGUGGGCGUGGAGGAUGCGCUUGUCAGCCAGGACGAGUUGCUUUUCCGUGUUGUUGUGGAGGCGCUCAACCCUGGAUGGUUUACGAUAUCUAUAGAAGACGUUGAGAUUGACAUUUUUGCUAAGAGUGGCUACGUCGAAGACCCCCAGCCGCCGGGCACCAUGAAGGACAAUACCGUCGAAACCGUUCUUCUCGGCAGCGUGACGAGCUUUGAGUCUGUUUUGGAUUUCCAAGGCAGUUUCUUUCAGCGAGAUUAUCAACAACAAUCUGGAGAAAUCAAGUUGUUGGCGCCAGGACGGAAUCUCACAGGAAGUAUAGAGUCAGCUCUUUUAAUGAAAGGCCUGGCCGGCGGGUUUGACGAGACGGAUACGCCCGAUAACUCUGAAAAAUGGGAAGUGAUACGAAAACACCCGUUUGAUCUAAUCCUACGAGGCGUGUUGAAGUAUAAAUUGCCCUUGUCGAACACGGAAAAGUCAGCCACGGUUAAUAAGGUCAGCUACGUUGACCCGGACGGCUCGGAGGGUUUCUACUAA